GUGUCAAACUCGUGUGACAAGUUAUCAAGUCUCAAAAAUCGUGAUUAGGACUUUUAAAAACAUUAACAUUGCCACUGUUAUUUGUUUGUUCUCUUUUAUGCAAAAUAAUUAAAAGGCAAAUAGCAAUAAGGACGUAUUUUGUUGUAAUUUUUGAGUUGAAAUUGAAACUUCUCUGCUAAUACAUUAUAAUGGAAGCAAUGGAAAGCCAACCUUGUGUAUUUUUAGGAAUAAAAGUGAAGUCUGGACCCAUCGAACGUUUCAAGCUUGAAAAUUUCACAUUGGAUAACACGAUAGAUAAAUUAAGAGAUCAAGCUGAGAAGAAAACUGGUCUACCAUCGUCAUCUUUAGAGUUGAUCCAUCAUGGUAAAAUAUUAAAAGAAUCAACUUCACUAAUGGACAGUGGUAUUAAAAAUGGGGAGAUGAUACAUGUGGUGAAAAAAAAGGUAGUCCUACCACCCCCACCCCCACCUACUUACCCUGAUUCAGCACUGCAACAGUUGAACAUAUCUCUCCGCACAUUAGGCUGUACUCCUAAUGCACCAGGAUGGACAAGAGCUAUGCAGUUACUCAAUGAAGAAUCAGCUAUAUCAGAGAUAAUAGAUCAUGCACCAUCUUUAGCUGAUGAUUGCAUGACAAUCUCCAUCUUGCAUGAAGUUGAGCUCUUGGCAGCCCUCGGAGCCAAUUUGCAAACAAUGCGUCGUGGGGCCGACGCUCACCCUGAGCUGCCGAACGCCUUACGACAUCUAUUGCGGCUUACAAAUUCACAGUCUAAAAGUGCAGCACCUGAUUCCGCACCCACAUCAGGUUUCGCUUAUUCUUUGGAAGCCCUCUCCGAAGAUGAAGAUGUUGAGGAGGAGGAAACUGAGGAGGGUGAGGAACGGUCAGGCAUCACACCGGAACAACUGGCUUCAGCAUUACAGGUAGCUACUCAAGCCCUGAUGUCACGUCCAGGGCGGUCGCGCAGUGUUCGCGGUGUACUCCACAUGCUCCAUGAUCAGCCUACUACCACCACUACCACUGCAACCACAACCACCACCAGCGAGCCUACCACCGCCGGUGGUGCGAUCACAGCUGAGAUGUUCGACGAGGCCAUCAUAAGAGCCCUACGACCCAUGGACAACACUAGUGCUGCGUCUUCGUCUCAAAGUUCCGGACGUGACUCCGACUUCACCACUCAACUCAGUCACAUGCACGAAAUAGGACUAUUGGACGACGCCAUCAACGUCAGAGCACUCAUCAUAUGUGCAGGUGACGUGAACGCAGCUAUAAAUCUGGUGUUCAGCGGAGCUAUUGGGGACGAUUAAAGCAAACCAUUGGAACCAUUAAUAUUAAACUUUGUUUAUUUUCUAACACUUAGAAUUUUGUUUGCUUAAAAACUAAAAUAUCACUGGAUGCCAAUAUCCAUCAGGCGAUGUAAAUACUGUGACCGUGAAUACAAUUCAUUCACUAUU